UUGAAACUAGCAACACCAUGAGAAGGAAUGAAUGAGUGGAUGGAUGGCAUAUAAAUAAAAUUAUUAAAAAAAUAUUGAAUGAAUGUAUAAAAUAAAAACGAAAAGAAAAAUAAUUUCUUCUGUUAAAUUGUAAUAUUAACGCAAUAAUGGAUGAAUUUAAUAAUGUAGAACAAGAAAUAAAAAUAGAAUAUGAAGAUACUGAUGCUGGAGAUCCUUUAUUUAUCAGAAAAUGUGACAGACUUGAAAUAAACGAACAAAUAGACACCGAAAACAUAGUAACAAAUGCUGAAUCUGAAAAUAAUAAGGUUACUAUACAAAAUGCAAAUUGGUACAAACACAUUGAUGGUUUAGGAAAAUAUCACUGCAAAUUCUGUGACAUAGCAUAUUCCUCAAUCAAGAGCUUAAGAGCCCAUACAUGUAUUAAACAUCCAACUGAAGCAUUAAAUAUAAAAGCAGCAAUAUGCAAUAUCAAGAGAAGCAAAAAACUAUUGUGUUACAUUUGCAAAAAGGCCUUCAACAUAUUGAAAGACCUGGAACAUCACAUGAACGAUAUGCAUCCAUCAUUCAAAGAGGGAAAAUAUUGUCAUAUAUGCCAUUCAGUAUUUGAAUAUAAAUAUGUUUUAUCCGACCACAUGCUAUCUGUACACAACAUACAAUUGUCUAAAAUGCUUCUAUGCAGUACUUGUGGAUAUGUAACAAUAAAAUUAUCUCAUUAUAAACAACAUUUAAAUACCCAUUUUGGUCAGAACACCGAAAAGUGCAAAUAUUGUGAUUAUAAAACAAAUUAUUUGCCUAAUUUAAGCACUCAUGAGAAAAUCCAUAGUGAAAAUAAAUUAUACUUGUGUAACUUCACUGCUUGCUCAUAUAGAGCUAAGUCUAGUGCUGCAUUAAGAAGCCAUAAAUUAAAACAUUUUAAUGGGAAUAAGUUUCUUUACUGUGACAAAUGUAUUUACAGGACAGUGUAUAAACAAACACUACAAACUCAUAUGAAAACUCAUAAAGAAAUACUAUCAAAAGUCACAUGACUAUAAGAGAAAU